CUCUAGCCACAAUUACUAACCAUAUUACUCAAUCCAGAGACAUCCCACUCAAAGAACUUUAUCCACCAAAAACCGCACACGGUACCAACCUACCCUACUACCGAUAAGUAGACACUAUUCAGUAAAAGAAAGAGAAGAAAAAGAAAGAGAACACAAUGGGCCUCGCAAACGCGGUCAUCGACCUGGUCAAGUCCUUCGGCGAGCUGCUCAACAGCGUGGUCGGCACCGCCUACGCGCUCGUGCACUCCUUUGUGGCCGGGCUCUGGGGCCUGGUGGCCGGCGUGCUGGCCAUGUUUGGCGACCUCGGCAAGGGAGCCAUCGACUUUGUGGAAGGGGUUGGUCGGUUUGUUGUUGGUAAUGCUGCACUCCUGGGUGUCGCCGCCGCCGGGUUCUAUGCGUAUAAGCGCUUCAUUGCGCAGCCGCAGGCUGAGGGGCGCCGGCCGGCUGUUGCGCUGAAUGGUGGUGCUGGCGGCGGGAAGAAGACGAACUGAGCCAAUCUCUGUUUUAUUCCGCGGUUGGAAGUCGUUCAGGGGUUGGGGAACACGGGGGCGUUUGGGUCGGAAUUUCUGGGUUCGCUUUUCCCUUUGAACACAGUCAGUUCAGGUGGAUGGAUUGGUUGGGAAUGGCAUGAUCUUGGUCUCUCGGGUUAGCGACACAGCUACGGCGAGGAUGAAAUAUGAAGCAAACCUCUUUUCACAAUAUUGGAGAGCGGGAUGUAUAACAGGGAGGUUGAUGAUAUCCAGGCAGUUUUAUUGGGGACAUUCAAUGCC